AUGGACAACUCGUCCACGUGCGCCGACACGGAAUUCGGUCCUGUCCACGGCUGCAGAGGCGACUUCGACUUCUCCCUAUUCUUCGAGCAGAGUCUCCUGUCAGUAGCACCAUCAUGCCUCUUCCUCGUCCUGGCCGCCAUCCGCUUCUUCGUUCUUCUUCCUCGACAGCAAAGGAAGGCCAGGUUGGCCGUGGGCACUGGUCUGCGGCGGGCCAAGCUGGGCGCGGUCGCUUGCUACGGCGCGAUCCAGAUCGCGCUUCUCGUCACCUGGGCUAGAGCCUACCCAGGGCCCUACAAAACCAAAGCCAGCCUGGCUGCCGCCGUCUUCCGGUUGCUGGAUGUCUUCGCCCUCGGAGUCUUGUCGUGGCUCGAGCACUCGUACUCGCCGCGUCCAUCGGCCCUCCUGAACGUCUACUUGCUCGUCUCACUCAUCUUCGACGCCGUGCAGACUCGCACCCUCUGGCUCAAGGCCCACGACGAAGCGUCUGGUAUCUUUCUGAUCCCGGCCGAGUUCACCGCUUCUCUCGUCAUCAAGAGUGGCCUUCUAGUCCUUGAGCUCAUCGAGAAGCAGAAGUUCCUGCUCCCGGAAUGGCGACACAAAACUGCCGAAGAAACGGCCGGCGUAUUCAAUCGGAGUCUAUUGAUCUGGCUCCGUGGUAUUCUGACCAAAGGUCGCAAGACACUUUUGGCGCCAACCGAUCUGGAUCCUCUGAGUGAGGGCCUGGGUACUGCAGUUCUGUCCCGUUCUUUCUGGGCAGUCUGGAACAAGCAAAGCAACCAUCUUCCAAGUCUCGCUUCGGUGAUUCUUCGAACGCUGAGGUGGUCGAUCCUAGCGCCAGUUAUACCACGUCUCGCCCAGGUCGCCUUCACUCUCUGCCAGCCACUUCUGCUACGCGAGUUCCUCCGCUACCUAGCCGGCGAUCCGACCUUCGUAGGCAGUACCGGCUACGGUUUCAUCAUCACUUAUGGGCUCGUGUACCUAGGUAUAGCCAUCUCAGGGUGCAUCUACUGGCGUCUGACGUACAAAUGUCUCGUCAAAAUGCGCGGCAGUCUCGUGUCUGCCGUGUACAGCAAGACGACCCAGAUCGACGCCGCUCGUUGCGACAUGACAACGGCCGUUCCUCUGAUCAGCACCGACAUGGAACGCAUCAUCGCGGGCUUCAAAGAUGUCCACGAGAUAUGGGCCAACACCUUGCAGGUCGCCAUCGCCGUGUGGCUGCUCUAUCGCGAGCUCGGAAUAGCCUGCGUCGCCCCGGCCGUCGUCGCGGCCGUGUCGAGUCUGGGUUCCAUGCUGAUGAGCGCGUACGCCGACCAAGCCCAGGUCUCGUGGAUGGAGGCGACCCAGGAGCGUGUUGGUGUGACCGCCAGAGCCGUCUCCGGGAUGCAGAGCAUCAAGCUUCUUGGGUUAUCCCAAGGCGUGUUCGACUUGCUUCGUAACCUGAGGGGGGCAGAGCUCCAUGCUGCCAGGCACUUCCGGCACAUCGAGGUGCUCACUGCGACGAUCGCCUUCCUGCCGCUCCUCCUCUCUCCCGUCUUCACUUUUCUGGUUUUCGUGCUGCAAGCGCGGAGUGCGGGAGAGCAGCUGGAUACGGUCAAAGCCUUUACUUCACUCAGCCUGCUUCAGUUGAUGACUCAACCGCUGGUAUGGCUAUUUCAGGCGGUGCCGCUGCUGGUGGCAUCAUUUGGAUGCUUGGGAAGAAUCGAGAAGUACCUUCAUGCCGAGGCAAAGUCAACGACCUUACCUGUGAAGGCUGUGGUGCAUCCUGACGAGAGUGGCCUUGCCAGGCCCAGAAACGCCAUUGCUAUUCGUGAUGGCGAAUUCGGGUGGACAUCGGAAAAGCCAACACUAACAGACGUCAAUGUAGACAUUCCAGCGUCGCGGUUGACCAUGAUUAUUGGACCCGUGGGAAGCGGAAAGAGCACUCUCGCGAGGGUAAUCAUCAGCGAGCUACCGCAUAUUCGGGGUGAUGUUCGCAUGUUUACCGCAGCCGGCGUCAAUACGGACAUAGCAUUCUGCAGCCAGGAACCAUUCAUCAUGUACGGAACACUCGUUGACAACAUCACAGGCUUCUCCGACUUCGACAGUCCCUGGCUAGAAGCCGUCAUUCACGCCGUUGACCUAGAGAACGACAUCGCAGCUCUCCCACGGGGCCGGGCAACGCAUGUCGGUAGCAAAGGUACCUGUUUGAGCGGCGGACAGCAACAGAGGGUCGCAGUAGCAAGGGCGCUGUACGCGCGGAAGCAAUUGGUCGUGUUCGAUGAUGUUCUCUCGGGUCUCGACGCGGCUACCAAGAUCAAGGUAUUCGAGCGCGCGUUAGGCCCGGAUGGAUUGCUGCGCCAGAGGGGCUGCACUGUUGUCUUGUGCACUCACGAUAUCGCUUUACUCCCGCGUGCCGAUCAUGUCAUAGUGUUGGGUGCGGAUGGGCGGGUGGCUGAGAUGGGGACAUUCGACGAUCUGCGUGAGCGCUCUGCCUAUGUCAGAUCGCUCAUGAUCCGGACCAUGGACGUUGAAGAUGGCUCGAGAAGCCCCUUACUCCUAGACGACGACGGAAGAACCAUACCCUCAUCGCUGGGUGGCGACAGCAAGAACCCAUCGCGUGUUCCAGCAAGCGACGACACCUAUCUGCCGACCGAGCCAGCAGACGACUUCACGCGGCGUCUCGGUGAUGCGUCCAUAUAUAAGUAUCUCGCUGGCCACAUUGGGCUCUGGAGGGUCCUGGUCUUCUUGGCCCUCACAGGUUGCUGGGCCGUCUUCUCGACUAUCGGAACCGUCUGGCUCAACUACUGGUCCUCGAACAACGCAAAGUCGUCGAACGAUGAAAGCCAAGAUGGCUACUACCUGGGGAUCUACGCCAUCUUCCAGGUCCUCGCGCUCGUCUUCCUCGCCUUGUUCUCAGGAUUCUCCCUCACGUCCCUCGCAGUCAAGGCCGGCACGUCGCUGCACCAAGUCCUGCUGAAAGCCAUGAUCUGGGCGCCGCAGUCAUUCUUCGGCGCAGUCGACACGGGCAUCACCACGAACCGCUUCUCCCAGGACAUCAUCCUAGUCGACGGCGACAUGCCCAUGUCUCUGCUCGAGACAAUCUCGGCCGGUCUCGUGGCGCUGGUGCAGAUGGUCCUGAUAGCCGUCGCCGCGCCAUACGUGGCCAUCGUCUACCCUUUCCUGCUGGCGUCCCUGCACCUCGUGCAGAGCUUCUAUCUCAGAACCUCCAGACAGCUGCGUUUCCUGGAUCUCGAAGCUAGAAGCCCGCUGCAGACACAGCUUCUCGAGACCAUACAGGGCCUCGCUACUAUCCGUUCUUUUGGCUGGGCCGAGGACGCGAUAGAGGCGAACCAUGAUCUCGUGGACGCCUCGCAGAAGCCUGUAUAUCUCUUGUACAUGGUCCAGAGAUGGUUGCAGCUGGUGCUGGAGCUCAUGAUCGCCGUCAUGGCGAUACUCGUCGCUGCGAUCGCGCCGCGGAUGCCGUCUACCUCUGGGGGAUUCAUGGGAGUCGCUCUGAUCCAGCUCAUGUCGCUCAGCCAGGAGCUCAAGAUGAUCGUCAUCAACUACACCAAUCUCGAGACCUCACUGACCGCCAUCUCUCGAAUCAAGGCCUUUGAGACGACCACUCCUUCUGAGGACCGCCAAACUGACGGAAAGGAUGGCCACAUAACACCGCCGCCGGAUUGGCCGCAGGCGGGGCAUGUGGUGUUCCGCUCGGCAACGGCCAGUUACUCUCUGCCGGGCGUCGAAAGCGCCAACCUCGCACUCAAGGAUGUCAACCUCGACAUCGCAGCCGGCCAGAAAGUCGCCAUCUGCGGGCGCAGCGGAAGCGGGAAGAGCACGAUGAUCGCAGCCAUGACGAGGAUGACCGAGUUAUCCUCGGGAUCCAUCCACCUCGACGGUGUCGACAUCAGCUCGAUGCGUCCAUCGGACGUUCGGUCGGCGAUCAACACCAUUCCCCAGGAGCCUUUCUUCUUCCACAACACAGUCGCUGCCAACAUCGACCCGCUCGGCGUCCACUCCGAUGAAGUACUGCUCUCAGCGCUGGAUAAGGUCAGUAUGCGUCGAGUCAUCGAAGACGCCGGUGGGCUUCGCGCUGCGGCCAGUCUGGACAAUCUCAGCCAGGGUCAGAAACAAUUGCUCGCUCUCGCUCGUGCGAUUCUGAAGCGCAGCAAUGUCGUGCUCAUGGAUGAGGCCACAAGCAGCGUGGAUCAGCAUACUGCGGAUAUGAUGAAGCGCGUCAUACGGGACGAGUUCAAGGGAGUGACUGUGAUUGCCGUUGCUCAUCAGCUAGAUACUAUCGUGGAUUUCGAUGUUGUUGUUGUCAUGGAUGCUGGUCGAAUCGUGGAAGUUGGAACCAGGCGUAAGAGCGAAGCAAGUCGUUUAGAUGAGACGGGCACCGAAGCCUCGUCGUCACCAGUCACCCAAUCCACUCAAACCGCCGCAAGGAGCAACAGCAUCGGCUCUCACGCCUCUCCGCACGGCUCAAACUCAUUCGAAAGUCAACAGUUAACCUUUGAGCUCUCGCCUCCGACCGGCCAGAGGCUCCGAGGUGAAGCACCAGCGCAGAGAUUCACCGGCCACGGAUCACAUGGCGAUGGGAAUGCACCGAUCGGGUUCAUGUUGAGUCGCGGACCACCUGCCGAGUCCCAACAGCCAUCUGCGUUUGCUUACAGUCCAGCCUCCAUCGACUCUACCCGCGAUGGCCUUACGUCAGAGCCCGGUCAGUGGAACGCCGGAGACGUUCAGCCGCAACUUCAGAUCUCCUACCUCCUGGGUGACUCGCCGUCCUCGACACAGCCUGGAUCAAUACGACGGGAGCGGGCCGAAAGUUUCAUCUCCGACGUUGAACUUCGGUUGCGGCCUGCUGAGCCUGAGCAUUGGGGCUUCACUGGAAGGCAGGCAUACUUAUUCCGCACGUAUAUCAUGAGGAUAGCGCCAUCGAUCGACGCAUGCCACGACGCACGCCCAUUCACACUCGACGUCCCCCGCCUCGCCCUAUGCAAGCCCAUCCUCCUCAACGGCAUCUUCGCCCUCGCCAGCCGCUUCGAUGCGCAAGGAGCAGAUGACGGUACCGAAAAGUCUGAUCUGGAGAGCACCUACUACCAUAACAGAUGCAUCGAGCUGCUCAUAGAAGCCUUCUCUCAGCCGCCUGAGACAUGGGACUCAAUCCUGUUGACGGCUGUCGUCAUCAUGCGGUUGUAUGAAGAAUACGACAACGAAACGGACUCGCAUUAUCACCAUCUCCGGGGCACCCGCAAUCUGCUCAACCACGACGCAAUCGCAAGGUUCGUCACGCAGGGCGGACUUGCCGAGGCCGCGAGCUGGGUUCAUUUACGCCAGGCGCUCUAUGUGAUCCUGGUCCGUCGAACGCCGAUUGAGAUCUGCCUCGAGAACUUCGAGAGGUCGUCGACGUUCCAGAUGAACGAUGAUACGGCAUGUUCGAAUCGUAUUGUGUACUUAUUCGCAAAGGUGCUGAAGCUGUUCUUCCCUGAGAAUGGGACGGCGAGUAGUACGGCGGCAUGGGAAGAGUUGCAGGGCGAGGUGGAGACGUGGUAUCGGAACACACCUCUCGGGUUCCGGCCGUUGUUCUAUGACCGGGCAGACCUGACGAAGGGAAGGCCGUUCCCGACUUUAUGGAUGAGUACAGAUCCAGCCACGGUUGGUCUCGGAUAUUACUACUCGGCGAAAGCCAUCUUCUGCUUUCAGGAACACAACAGCUCAAAUUCCCUCGUUGGGUUUGAGGGGACAAAGAAGAGACUCGAUAGCGAGCGGGAAAUCACAUUCUAUCUCUGUACGAUAAUGGGACUGGCUCUUUCGAACGAAGCUGUCAAUGCAUACUACCUUCCAGCUCAUAUGCUGUCUUUAUGCGGACAUCUCGUACGGCAUCCGCUCGAGCGGGAACACACAAUCAAGUACUUGGCUCAAGUGAGAAACAUCGUGCAGUGGAAGACAGGGGCACUGGUCAAGACUCUCAAGGAGCAGUGGGCGGAACUCGAUAGUUUUCAAUCAAGAUGA